AUGGCGAAACACAGCACUCUCUUCGAUCCACCGCCCCAGGAUAAAUCGAGGGCACUCAUCGAGAAUGUGCUCGACUUGACUCCAGUGGUGGACCUCGGCCCUGAUGUUUUCACAAACACCAGGCCUCUAUGGCAUCCUCCCGGUGCCCGAGGAAUCUACGGUGGCGCCGCUAUCGCCCAGUCCUUAUCCGCUGCGAUGCGUACCGUGCCCGCCGACUUUGCCGUCCACAGCAUGCACUGUUACUUUGUCCUCGCGGGCGACUCCGAAUUACCUAUCCUAUACCACGUUGAACGUGUGCGCGACGGGCGCAGCUUUAUCACCCGAACCGUACAAGCCCGCCAACGGGGCCGUCCGAUCUUCACGACCACGCUGAGUUUCAGCCGAGUGGGCAGCGGAGGCGAGAAGACACUGAACCAUUCAACUCCCAUGCCAGAUGUCUCGCUCCCCGCAGAUGCACUGCCGGGGACACUGAAGGCGUUGAGCGAUGCCGGGGGUGGCCCAUUCGAAUCGAAGAAAGCGGGCAUAAUCAACCGCGAUCAGAACCCCGAAGAUAAGCGAGUUCGACGAUUCGUUCGGGCGCGUAGCCGUAUCUCCGACGAAGGAGGCUUCCAGGCACACUUGUCCGCUUUGGCUUAUAUCACCGACAGUCUUUUCAUUGGAACGGUCUCUCGUGUCCAUGAUAUUCCCCGUUUCUCGUCCCCAGCCGAGCUUGAGAAACUUCUCAAGGCGUUGAAGAACCCAUCCGACUUGGACGACGAAGAUAUCACCAAGGCCUUUAAGGAGUUGAAAGAGGAAGAAGCGGCCGAUCUACGACGUCAACUCGAAGGGGCCCUGAGUGACGCCAAUAAAGAGGACCAUAAAGAAGUAGGCAUGAUGGUCAGUCUUGACCAUUCAAUCUACUUCCACAAUCCCCGGGCCUUCCGUGUCGAUGAGUGGAUGUUCCAUGAAACGGAGAGCCCAUGGGCCGGAGAGGGACGCGGAUUAGCGAUUCAGAAGUUUUGGUCGCAAAACGGAACGUUGAUUGCGACAUGUACUCAAGAGGGUGUUGUACGAUUAAAACAGGACAAACCCCCACUCUCAAAGAUCUAG